GCCUGUGUGUGUAUGAAAUUAAAGUUUUUUAAACAGAUGGGUACAUUUUUGAAGACAUGUAUUCAGUCUUAACAUAUCGUGAUGGCUCUCAAUGUCCAAGAAGCUCUUGCAACUUCUGAAGAAGCUUGAAAUACUUGGCCCCGAAACAGCCCAUAUUUGAUUUUGAGAAAUAGGGCAUGUACCUUUGGGAGCUCCCAGGGAGCAGUCAGGAUUCUUCAGAGAGGGAACGACCAUGGAUAAGAGUGAGCUGGUACAGAAAGCCAAACUUGCUGAGCAGGCCGAGCGCUACGACGAUAUGGCUGCGGCCAUGAAGGCGGUCACGGAGCAGGGGCACGAACUCUCCAACGAGGAGAGAAACCUGCUCUCCGUGGCCUACAAGAACGUGGUGGGCGCCCGCCGCUCUUCCUGGCGCGUCAUCUCCAGCAUCGAGCAGAAGACAGAGAGGAACGAGAAGAAGCAGCAGAUGGGCAAAGAGUACCGGGAGAAGAUAGAGGCCGAACUGCAGGACAUCUGCAAUGACGUUCUGGAGCUGUUGGACAAAUAUCUUAUUCCCAAUGCUACGCAACCAGAAAGUAAGGUGUUCUACUUGAAAAUGAAAGGAGAUUAUUUUAGAUAUCUUUCUGAGGUGGCAUCUGGAGACAAUAAACAAACCACUGUGUCGAACUCCCAGCAGGCUUACCAGGAAGCAUUUGAAAUUAGUAAGAAAGAAAUGCAACCUACACACCCAAUUCGACUUGGCCUGGCACUGAAUUUCUCAGUCUUCUACUAUGAGAUUCUAAACUCUCCUGAAAAGGCUUGCAGCCUGGCGAAAACGGCAUUUGAUGAAGCAAUUGCUGAAUUGGAUACACUGAAUGAAGAGUCUUACAAAGACAGCACCCUGAUCAUGCAGUUGCUUAGGGACAAUCUCACUCUGUGGACGUCGGAAAACCAGGGAGAUGAAGGAGAUGCUGGGGAGGGAGAGAACUAAUGUCUGUUGUGCUUCGUGAUCUGUUCAAUGUCACUCUGUACCCUCCACAUAUAUCCCUUUUGUGCGAUAAAAAGAAAAAAAAAAAAGGAGUCGUACGUCGACUUUUAAUUUUUCACAGCCUCAGCCUAGCAAAAUGGUCCAUGGGAUAAACAGCUGGCGUUUGUAUCUAAAACUCCGAUUGGUCACAUAAAUGCCACGGCAUUCUGAAGUUUUUAUUUUGAUUAACAUUGACAGGAUUACUGUGUGUUGAAUUUUUUUUUUUUUUUUUUUUUAACUGAACACUGUGAUUAUGGGGUUUUGUAACUUAGCAGACCUCUUACUGGUAGAAAAAAAUAGACCUGAAUUAUGUGUAACUUUUUGGAAAGUUUAAUCUGAUAUCCAACUAGUCCCUGAACUACAGUUCCAUUGUAAAGUUGUACAGAAAGUUAUAGAGAUUAUAUUGUGACGCUGGGGCGCGGAGUGAGACACCUGUCCUGUGACAUUCAAUUGUGACAGCAACUCACAGUAGUUCUGCCUGUGUUUUGGGGAUUACAGGCGCUUGGCCAGUCCGGGCUGUUGCCAGUCAAAAGUUCGUGACCGCAGACGUCCACAGUGUCUUCCUCUGAGUAAACUCGAAGCCUGAAACGGAAACUCUUUGUGGCAGAUAAUUGGGUUUUGACCCCGUGAAAAGGUCCAGUGCUCCUGGAACACGUGUUGUGUGACGUGUGGCUAACACCCCCUUCCUACAGCCGUCAUACUGAUUUGUCUUAUGCUCCCGUGGUGGAAUCUGUUUUCCUUAUAACCGGGAGCUAGAGGAGCAAAAAGCCGUGUGUGUAGCCUAUCAAAAAGGCCGCCUCUGUUUCCUGGGUGAUACCUUUAAGAGUAAUGUUCUGCAGAGACUGCCUCUCACUUGAGAAGUACUCAAUCUUCAGGUGCUUCCUAGCUCCCGGCUUCUAAAUUUUGAAAUCGAAACAUUCUUCCCACUGUCCCUUUUGACUGUUGACUUCGGUAUUCUUUUCCCUCUUUAAGUUUCUGUCCUGCUUCCUGACACCGUUUUCUUUUUGAAUUCUGCCGUUGUCUUCCAUUCAUCAUCGUAUGUAAUCCCAUCUGGGCAGGGAUGGGGGCCUGCAGGGAGUGAGCAGAGUUGUUGAGCACUUUGGUCAGCAGGCGGCGCUUCAAAGAGUUUCUGAGAAGAGCUCCCAGCACACAGCUCUGGCUUCCUCCGGUUCUCAGCACGCUUGUUGCUCUUCAGUCAUACGGAAACCUGAAUGAAAAAAGUAUUUUUAAACAUCCAUGAUUUCUCCCUGUAUUGCAGCCAGCCCUGAUAAUGCUUGUUAGUACCUGUCACCAGAUCUCCCAAGUGUGCCUCCUCCAGCCAAGUUCACAGACCUGUUUGAACAAGACCCUAUGAUGCAGGGAAGUUGCAUGAACGCCGCAGUGGGGAGAGUCCAGAAUAGCCAGGCCUACCAGUCUCACAGUUCCCCCCUCUCCCUUGAACAUUCCACGUAGCCGUAGUGUCCACCUGUUUGUCCAUCUGCUGAAAUGAGAAAAGAAACAUUCAUGCACUGAUUUAAAACAAACCAAAAGAAAAAAAAAAAAGGAAAAAACAAAAAAACCCAAAAAAAAUCCCUGCCCCCCCCCGCCCCCCGCCCCUUCUAGCUGAACAAAAAUGUGCAGUUAAUACUUGGCGCUUGAAAAUGCAGUAGUGAAUGUGGAACGAGCCUGUCUGUAUAUCUGGUAGCUCUUUCUUGCUUUGUGUUUCCUCACCAGUAUUCUGCCUCACGUUUGCUUCUGUGACGGUUCUAUUGCCGAGCAAGCACACCUGUGGUUGUGAAAAUAGUAUAGCAAAAAAAGAAAACUCCCCGGUUACCGAUGUACUAGAUUUGUGUAUGUCUUUUCAAAGUUCUAGUUUCCACCUUACAUGGAAUAAUCAGGAAAAGUGUAAAAAUUCAAAAGUGAAAUAAAAAAUUUUAUCAGUU